AUGGCCGAUCUGAUGGUUCCUACAGAAAAGGAACGACCCUCUUCAGCUAAAUUCUUAGGUCAGAUGGUCGUUGGCUCGUUCGCUGAGCUGGGCAAUUUGGUUGCAAACGUUUCAUCACCAAUCGAGGUGACAUCAUCAGCACAACCACUAACCCACCGCUGCGCACAACUACGCACUGAUGAUGUCACCUCGAUUGGUGAUGAAACGUUUGCAACCAAAUUGCCCAGCUCAGCGAACGAGCCAACGACCAUCUGA